AUGACUGCUAGUGCCGAGCACCUUGCUAUCGCGGAGCUGGUGGUAUACAUACCGAUCUUACUCCUUGCGAUAUUCGUGGUCUUCCGCCAUGGAUUUUACAAACAGUUGGGAUGGAUUUAUCUUUGCAUCUUCGGCGGAAUUCGUGUUGUGGGCUCUAUCAUGGAGAUCCUAAGUGUCAAGAACCCCGACAACUCUAGCGAUAAAGAGUGGGCCACGAUUCUUCAGUCUGUUGGCCUUUCUCCGCUACUAUUAUCCACUUUGGGUCUUUUAAAGAGAAUAUUUUCCAUCUACAACAAAAAAGCAACCGCCAUUUCCUAUCGCAGCAAGGUCGUCCAGCUCCUCCAUAUCCCAGCCUUCAUUGCCCUCAUCUUAGCCAUUAGCGGUGGCUCUGACGAAGCAUCAGCCGACGAGUCGGACCACGCCAGCGGCAAGAAUGAAGUCCGCGCCGCUAUCAUAAUGUUUCUGCUCAUCUAUCUCGCUACCUGCAUUUUGUGGGUAAUCACUGUUCGCGAUUUGGGCAAGAUGCAAAGUAGCCAGAAACGCAUUUUCCUCUGUGUCUUUCUCGCACUACCACUCAUCGCCGUCCGUUUGCUUUACAGCCUGAUCAGCGAUUUUGGAAAUAACCCGAAGUUCUCACUCAUUGAUGGGGAUAUCACUAUUCAGAUCGUCAUGGCAACUAUUGAAGAGUUUGCAGUGGUCUUUCUGUAUACAGUUCUCGGUCUCAUGACUCCUCGAUCGAGUAUUCAUCCGACCGUUGGGGGUGGCAUUGUCCCGCCUGUGCUGUAUCCAAUGGUCAAUGAGGUGGCCGAUGAGCGCCAACAACGAAAUUACGACCCGACAUAUAAAAACAUGUCGGAUGCUGAAGCUGGGGCUCAGUAUGCGUAUAACGAUAGCCAACGGCAGCAACGGCAGCAGCGACAGCAGCAGCGACAGCAACACCACUCGCGCUAA